AUGCUCGCCAAAGCCUCAAAGGAAGCUUGUUUUUUUAGUCUCACUCUAAUUGUACUCCAAAUAUCGAAUCCGUCUGUUAAACUUACGGUAUUUCAGUCGAUGGCUGCUACUACGUGCCCGAGAUGCUUAAAUCUGGAGAUUGAAUUGGAUAAUCUCCAGACGAAAAUUGACCAGCUUCGAGCUGAAUAUGAUUUGUGCGGUCGAUCGCAUUUACCGACUGUCAAAGAUCAAGUGGUCACCAACGAAGAGAUAAUAGCGCAUAGUUCGAUAUACUCGCCAUUCUCUAGGCUGGAGCUAAAACGAUAUGGAAGACAGAUGCUUGUCAAAGAAUUUGGAGUCAAGGCACAACUCAAGUUACGUGCUGCCAAGAUCCUCCUCAUUGGCGUCGGUGGACUUGGGUCGCCAGUAGCCCUUUACUUGGCUGCUAUGGGUGUUGGAACGUUGGCUGUUGUGGAUGAUGAUCACGUGGACCAGAGUAAUUUGCAUCGGCAAAUUUUGUACGAUAAUCAAGAUGCAAAGGAGCUGAAAAAGAAAGUAGAGUCAGCAAAGAGAAGGCUGCAGAAAGUAAAUCCAUUAGUGCAAUGUGUGGCGUACGCCGUGAGAUUUACUGCGUAUAAUGCACUGAAACUUGUCGGUGAUUACGAUGUGGUCGUCGACGCUUCCGACAAUGUCCGGACUCGCUAUCUCGCGAAUGAUGCAUGUGCUCGACAGCACAUACCAUUGGUGUCUGGUAGUGCUUUAGGACUGGAAGGACAAGUGACGGUGUUUACAUACAAAAAUGAUGCGAAUGCGACCGGUUGCUAUCGUUGCUUGUACCCAACGCCGCCUCAAAUUUCAAUGAGCUGCGCUGAAAAUGGCGUGAUCGGUGUAGUACCUGGUAUCAUUGGAUGUAUACAAGCAAUGGAGACCGUAAAGAUUCUCACGGGUGUCGGGAUACCUCUUGACGGCGUGCAGUGCUUUUACGAUGCAUACAACGGCCUGUUUCGACACCUGAAGAUCGGAAAGCAACGAAAUCCGGAUUGUCUGUCGUGUGGAAGAAGUGUCACUGAAGGUAGAAAGGAUGAAUGGGUGGUCCCUUUAUCACUACCUUUUGAAAACAAUUGUAUGAAUAAAAGCUCAAGAGAUGCUGAUCUUGACCCAAAGUUUCAAAUAAGUGUCAAAGAGUUUGCGAAAAUUCGAAAGGAUGCUUAUGGAGCUAGUGACGGAGGAACGAAAAAAGUCAAAAGCGCAGAAUAUGCUCUUUUGGACACGCGUGCUUCCGUCCAAUUCAAGAUGGUGCACUUUCCAGAGGCAGUUAAUAUACCAGCUUCUCAGCUGAUCAAUACAGACCCCAUCGGAAUCAUCGCAAGCUUGCAUGGUGUGCCACUAAGUGCUAUUACAAAGCAAUCUUCGAAUUUAAUGUAUCGUACUUUUGUGAUCUGUCGACGCGGUGUUGACUCUGUAAAGGUGACCCAAUGGCUUGUAAAUCAUGGCAUAUUGAAUGUGUUUAAUAUUGAGGGGGGAUACACUGAAUAUGCAAAGGAAGGAGGAGUAGAUCCGGAGUUUCCCAUGUAUUAA